GGCGGCCAAGGCGGGAAUGAUGAUGUCGCGUGGAGGUCACGUAGCUUGGUGCGCAAGGGUGAGCCACAAUGCAACAGUGUGAAUGGUGAAUGGUAGGGCGCACCUGCAUUGCGUCCUAGCGUGCCUCUAGGUAGAUCGCCAUGGCAGCUCCCGGUCGCGGGCAGCGGUUCAAGAGGAUGAGCCGGGGAGUGGCGUUCCCGUCAAGCGCCUUGGAGCUGGAUCCACAGCAGCUGCAAGCAGAUGCGGAGCACUGCCCCCAUCUCAAGCUUGUCUUGCAAUCCUACAGCUCGGCCUGGCUCACGGAUGACGCCAAGUACGGCCACUACCAAAGCGUCUCGCGGCCUGCCUUUCACAAUCAGAUUUUCGAGGGACCCGACACCGAUGUAGAAACCGAGUUACACCUCUCCAACCUGCGCCAGGGCCCAAGCGCGUGUGACAGCGAAGAGGCCACCAAUACUCCCGGGCGUACAAAGAAGCUGAAGGUGCAGUCCUCACUUUCUCGGUGGUGGAAGGAAUAAAUCCCCCCCUCCCCUCUCUUUGUGCAGCAGCAUCUCGGCCCCUCCCCUCUUCAUGCUUACGAGCCUGCAUUCAACUGGGAAUCCGAGAGAGGCGCUAUAAGUGGCCAGCGACUGCCGGAACCCCCUCCAGCUUCUCUUGGCAGUGGUCUCAAGGUUGCCGUCAAGGUCUUACAACUCAAGCUUCAAGCAGGUUUCGUGGAGCCAAUCUAUGGGAGCCUCAGCCUCUAUCAUCGAGAAAGGCGGGAAAAACUGUCUGAAGAUUUUUAUUUCGAGUUCCUUCCUGGCGAAUUUUGCGAGGGAACGGUGGCUAUCCAAAGGCGUGCCAUCUUUUCGGUGGAUGCUCCUUCGGCAUCCAUUUGUAUGCUUGUGCAGCUCGAGAAGCAUGCAACUGAGGAAGGUGGCGUAAAAUCCUCUGUGUAUUCGCGUAAGGAGCCUGCUCAUUUGACGGAAAGAGAGAAGCAAAGGCUCCAAGUAUGGGCUCGAAUAAUGCCAUUCAAAGAGCCGUUCGCUUGGGCCACCGUCCCGUUGUUUGACUUGAGUGUAACUGGGGCAAUGACAGGUAUCUCUUCUCCAAGCAGUCCCCUCUCUGGAGCAGACGCGGUUGGGGAAGCGGGGAAGCGUCUUGGCCACCCCAUCAUGCUAGACGUUCCGGGCCUUAAUCGUGUAAAGGAAUGCUACAAUGAAGACUGGCUUCAGGAUCCGAAGAAGAAAGCUCAUAAACCUAUCAAAGCUACGUUGCGCUUUGAAGUCGAGCGCCUUGCCCCCGAGGAUCUAGAUCCAGACGCAGCAUCAGUAUGUAGCAGUCCUGACAACCAGGAUAGUCAGGUCGGCGAUGCAGAUGGAAGGAGCAGUGAUGCGGAUUUGGACAACAGAAAGAGACGGGUUGGGAACGUUGAGGUGAAGCAGCGAUUGCUGCCUGCAGAUCAUCCUCUUAUGGAGUUUCGGCAUUUUACAAAGAGUGAGCCUUUUACGCAGUCGAUACACUGCCUUUACGUGUACCCGCUGUCUGUAACGUUUAGUAAGAAGAGGAAUCUCUUCAUCAGGGUGGAGGUCCGAAAGGAUGACAUUGAUCUCCAGACGCCUGCAAUGGAGGCUAUUUACCCCCGUGACGCUGAAUCCGGCAUGCGAGAGUGGGCAUAUUCUCAAAUUGCUGUGGCUUCUCGAACGGCAUAUUACCAUGACGAAUUUAAAAUGAAUUUGCCGGCGGUACUAACGGCACAACAUCACAUUCUUUUUACUUUAUUCCACGUGGAUCUUAAUAUGAAACUCGAGGCUCCAAAACCAGUAGUCGUCGGCUACGCUAUCCUGCCCCUCUUAGCUGGUGCUCACAUGCGCUUUUCUGAUGCCAGCCUUCCGAUCCUAAAGGAUCUUGUUCCGCAUUAUCUUCAAGACUCUGUAAAGGACAAAAUUGAGCAUUUGGAAGAUGGGAGGGCAUUGCUGAGGCUGCGCUUGCGUCUUUGUUCCUCAUUAUAUUCAGUAAACGAGCGCAUUAGGGACUUCACUAUAGAAUUUGAUCGCCACAUUUUAAGGGCCAAUGCUCCCUGGGGUUCCGAGCUUUUGGAGCCAAUCAACAGUCUGAAGAAUGUGGAUUCAACGUCCAUGCUACAAUUUUUGCAACCUUUGAUGAAUAUGUUGUUGCAUCUGAUCAGUGACAGCGGGGAAACCCUUCAGGUUGCUGCAUUUCGUGCCAUGGUGAAUAUACUUACAAGGGUGCAACAAGAAUCGUCUGACGGGGCCGAACGAAACCGCUAUCUUGUUCAAUUUAUUGACUACGCUUUUGAUGAUUUCGGUGGGCGUCGGCCUCCUGUUUACCCUGGAUUGUGUAAUGUUUGGAGGGGCUUGGCUAGAAGCAAGGCAAAAGGCUACCGAGUUGGACCUGUAUAUGAUGACGUGCUGUCAAUGGCUUGGGUGUUCUUCGAACUGAUCGUUAGAUCUAUGGCUUUAGAACAAGCUAGACUUUUCCCGGAAAACCUUCCUACUGACGAGGAUGCUCCACCUUUGCAACUAACGGAUGAAGUUUUUCGCUGCGUGUCAAAUUUGUACGAUUGCUUGCUUACGGAAGUUCACGAUCGAUCCAAAAAGGGCCUCAGCCUAGCCAGAAGGUUGAACAGCAGUCUGGCAUUCUUUUGCUAUGAUUUACUUUCCGUUGUUGAUCCCCGACAAGUGUUUGAGCUUAUUGCUCUGUACUUUGACAAGUUUACGGGUGUUUGCCAAUCUUCUUUGCACGAGUGUAAGUUGACUUUCUUACAAGUCAUCUGCGACCACGAUCUUUUUAUUGAAAUGCCAGGAAGAGACCCUUCUGAAAGAAACUAUCUUGCUUCAAGCCUUAUGCAAGAACUUUUCCUGACGUGGGAUCACGAUGAUUUAUCACAAAGAUCGAAGGCAGCACGCAUUUUGGUGGUCCUCACAUGCAAGCACGAGCUCGACUGCCGCUACCAGAAGCUCGAGGACAAGCUGUACAUAUCACAACUAUACUUCCAACUUGUUGGCAUGAUUCUGGAUGAAAUGCCAGUGUUUUACAAUCUUAAUGCGACAGAGAAACGAGAAGUUCUAAUUUGCGUUGUACAAAUUAUCCGACAUCUUGAUGAUAUGUCAUUGAUAAAAGCAUGGCAGCAGAGCGUCGCUCGUACGAGACUUUUCUUUAAGCUUAUGGAAGAAUGUCUCUCCCUCUUUGAGCAUAGGAAGAUGCAUGAUUCCUUGGGUGGAGCUUUACCAAUGCAAACACCGGAAAGCGAAGGUGCAUACUCACCCAAAUACUCUGAUACGCUGUCGCCCGCAGUUCAUACUUUUUUUAGCCAAGCUUCUCGACAGGAGCUGAAGGUGAGGUGCUGAAUCUCAGGCAAAGCGAUAACUAAGACCAUCAUUUUACAGUGGAUGCAGCCUCAGGCAACUCCUGAAAAUGGUCACCUGUGGAAAAAGCCAAGUCCUCAUUUAAAUUCUCCAAGUCAGCCCUACUCUCUACGAGAAGCUUUGGCGCAUGCACAGUCUUCUCGAAAAAUGGCAUCGAACAGAGCUCUUCGCGAGAGCCUGCACCCAAUGCUGAGGCAGAAACUCGAGCUUUGGGAGGAGAACCUUAGCACUUCAGUGAGCCUACAGGUGCUCGAAAUAGUGGAGAAAUUCAUAGACGUUGCGUCUGUGCACAGCAUUGCUACUGACUACGUAAAGCUGGAUUGUGUCACUGCUAUUUUUACGGGAUUCUUCUCCCACAGCCAACCUCUUAUAUUCUGGAAAGCAUUCUUUCCUGUCUUCAACAACCUCUUUACACGUCAUGGAGCGACGCUAAUGGGCAGAGAAAAUGAUCGUUUCCUGAAGCAGAUUGCGUUCCAUCUCUUGCACCUUGCCGUGUAUCGGAACGACUCGAUACGAAAGAGAGCUGUUGUGGGCCUUCAAAUUCUUAUUCGGAGCUCCUUUUAUUACUUUCAAAGUACAGCCAGGUUGCGCGUCAUGCUGACAAUAACACUCUCAGAACUAAUGUCUGAAGUGCAGGUCACCCAGAUGAAGCCUGAUGGCAGUUUUGAAGAGAGCGGCGAAGCUCGCCGUUUGAAAAGAUCACUGCAAGAAAUGGCUUCAGAAGAAAUAAGUGAUGGCCUGUUGAAAGAAUGUGGUCUCCCGGCGAAUUGUCUAGAUGCCGCGGUUGAUGGAGAUCGUGAUAAUCUCUGGCGGUGGUCGGAAGUUCGAGAAAUGUCUGUGGCCCUGCUGCAAGCUCUGGAUGCAAGCAUCGAGCACGCUCUCCUGGGGACCAUAAUGACAACGGACAAGUAUGCGGCAGCAGAAAGUUUCCACAGCUUGGCAGUCGCAUACGCACAUGUGCCUGAUUUACACAUAAUGUGGCUGCUUCACCUUUGUGACGCCCACCAAGAAAUGCAGUCGUGGGCCGAAGCUGCGGAGUGUGCUGUAGCCGUAGCGGGCGUGAUUAUGCAGGCUUUGGUAGCGAGAAACGAUUUAGUUUGGGGGCGAGAUAAUCUGGAGGCGCUCCGCAGGAUCUGUCCGAUGCUUGCCACCUCAGUGGAGGCAUCGGCUGCCGAAGUAGAAGGCUAUGGGGCGUCGAAGUUGACGGUGGAUUCAGCUGUCAAGUAUCUACAGCUUGGCAACAAGCUCUUUGCGCAGGCCGAGCUCUUCCAUUUCUGUGCGGCGAUUGUGGAACUGGUGAUUCCUGUGCACAAGAGCAGGAAAGCCUAUGGUCAGCUUGCCAAGUGCCACACAUCGCUGACGGCUAUUUACGAGUCAAUUGUGGAGCAGGAGUCGAGCCCGCUGCCCUUCAUCGAUGCGACAUACUACCGUGUCGGCUUCUACGGGGAACAGUUUGGGAAGCUCAAUCGACGGGAGUACGUAUACAGGGAAGCCAAAGAUGUGCGCCUGGGUGAUAUCAUGGAGAAGCUGGGCCACAUCUACGAGCUGGUUCUGGGUGCCGACCAAACGCUGCACAUAAUACCAGAUUCGCGCCAGGUCAAAGCCGACGAACUAGAAAGUGGCGUGUGCUAUCUGCAAAUAACUUCGGUGGAUCCGAUAUUUGAAGGCGAGGACUUGGAGAGUCGGAAGGAACGAAUAGCUGGUCGACCAUCGGCUUGCAGCUGUGCUCGUGUGUUCGAUCACUUUCUGUUUGAUACACCGUUUACCAAGAACGGCAAGUCGCAAGGCGGACUGGAGGACCAGUGGAAGAGGCGGACGGUCGUGCAGACGCACGGCUCAUUUCCCGCUCUGGUAAACCGGCUUCUCGUGAUCAAAUCGGAGUCGAGAGAGUUCUCUCCCAUAGAGAAUGCCAUAGGCAUGAUCGAAGCGAGGACGGCUACGUUGAGAAAUGAACUCGAAGAGCCUCGCAACUCCGAGGGUGACCAUCUCCCUCGGCUGCAGAGCUUACAAAGGAUCCUUCAGGGCAGCGUUGCAGUACAGGUGAACAGCGGUGUGCUAGGAGUAUGCUCGGCUUUCCUUUCUGGAGAGCCAGCGACAAAGCUCCGGUCCCAGGAGCUCCAGCAGCUGAUUGCUGCAUUGCUAGAGUUUAUGGCUGUGUGCAAGCGAGCGAUACGCAUCCACUCGAGGCUCAUCGGGGAGGAAGACCAAGAUUUCCAUUCGCAGCUGGUGAAUGGCUUCCAGUCUCUCACUGCAGAACUGUCACACUAUAUCCCGGCCAUUUUAUCAGAGCUGUAAUUGGAUUAUGGUGUAAGUAGUGUACAUUAUUUUGGAACUUUUUUGUACGAAGUAACUUACAAGAGAUAAGUUGUUUAAA